AUGGCAAACACUAUUGCUGUUUGUCUUUCAAUAUCUCUAUUUUUAGUUGGUUUGUCUACAGCUAGACAAAUUCCCAAAGAAUGUUCCAAAGGACCAGAAUAUUGGUGUACAGAUUUAAAGACAGCCUCAGACUGCGGUGCAGUGGGUCACUGCAUAAGCACAGUUUGGGAGCAACAGCAAGCAUCUUACGAAUUAAACGAAGCAUCCGACAAAAUUGUACGUCUCUUCCGGCAAUUGAAGGAUGUUAAGGACCUCAUUAAUGAGGAUUACCUAGCCGCAAGAAUAAACACAGCGUGCCGUGAUAUAUCUAACGCAGCUGUUACACGUUUAUGCAAGAGCAAUACCGACGGGCUCGAGGGCUACAUAAGCCAUGUUUUGAAGUCCGACACCACUCCGGAUAUGAUGUGUGUGGUUAUUGGUAUGUGCGGGAAUGCGAAAGUGGACAAUUUUCUUCAUACGAAAAAAGCGCCCGCAGAACCAAAAGGACACAAGCCUCUGUUAGUUGGUAGCGAAAAGUGUACUUGGGGUCCAUCUUACUGGUGCAGCAAUUUUAGUACUGGCCGGGAAUGCAAAGCCACACACCACUGCGUGCAACGUGUAUGGUCCAGAAUGACGUUCCCUCAGGAUGACGAUGGCAUCUGUAAGAUUUGCAAGGACAUGGUGAAGCAGGCGCGUGAUCAACUGCAAAGCAAUGAAACACAGGAGGAGCUUAAAGAAGUCUUCGAAGGUGAAUGUAAAUUGAUUCCAAUCAAGAUCGUGACAAAGGAAUGUAUCAAACUGGCGGAUGACUUCGUUCCAGAAUUGGUUGAGACUCUCUCUUCACAAAUGAAUCCUGAUCAGGUCUGUUCUGUGGCUGGAUUGUGUAACAACGCCAGGAUCGACCGGCUCCUUGAAGAUUACAAUGCUACAUUGAAGCUCCACGAAGGUUGUACCAACUGCCACAGGACUGUAGGCGUGCUAAGAAAACGGUUCGACUCUACUAGCUAUGAAGAUUUCCUUGUGAAGCUCUUACAGGUCUGCCAACAAGUCGGUUCUCUAUCGGACUCCUGCUCGAUGCUAGUAUUCCAAUACUACGAGAACAUUCUAGAAGCAAUCAAGAAGGACUUCACGCCGCACGGAGUGUGUCACGUUAGCGGCCAGUGCACACACAGAUACCACUCACACGAUCUAUACACGUUCAAAAAUGAUGAUCUGUCUGACGUCAAAGCGACCGAUGAUGUGCCGUGUGAAUUCUGCGAACAAGUGAUCAAACAUUUGCGGAACACACUUGUCGCUAAUACCACAGAAGUCGAGUUCCACAGAGUACUAACUGGUCUCUGCAAAAGCACCGGCAAAUUCAAGUCCGAAUGCCUUCAACUGGUCGAGCAGUAUCACUCGACCAUUUACUACUUCCUCGUGUCUGAACUCAAGGAAGACAAGAUCUGCAGCUUCAUCGGCAUCUGUGGGAAGCCCAGUGAAGGACCAGUGGCUCCUUUACUUCCGAAGGAAAUGGCCAUCAAAGCUAUCACCAUGUCACCCAAGUUGAUCGGUCAAGAUGAAGCCGAAAGUUACAAAUCAAAUCCGGCCCAUGUCCCAGUUCAAAACAAGCAAGUUAACGUAAAAAUAGUGGGAAGUGAGGCUGUACUACCAAUUGAGCGUAUGUUUGUGACUUAUCCCAAAAACGACGCCGUCUGCUCAUUCUGCCAGUACUUCCUGCAUUAUCUGCAAGUGGAAUUAAGUGAUGACAACACUGAGGAAACAAUAAAGAAGGCAGUGGAAGAAGCGUGCGACGUAUUGCCACAAUCUAUUAACUCUGAAUGUCGCCAGUUUGUGACCGAGUACGGACCAGCCGUUAUAGCUCUGCUUGUCCAAGAAAUCGAUCCCGCGAGCAUUUGCCCGGCCAUGAACUUAUGUACGUCGACAACAGAGGUGCGCCGUGUCGCCAUAAACUCUGAUAAAUCGAAUUGCCCGCUCUGCUUAUUUGCGGUAGAACAACUUGAGAUUAUGCUCAAAGAUAAUCGUACUGAGCAAAGCAUAGAAAAGGCUCUAGACGGCCUCUGCAACCAUCUCUCAGCUAAACUUCGCACCGAAUGUGUUGAUUUCGUCGAAGCCUACUCCAAACAAUUGGUAGAAAUGCUUCUAGCCGAUCUUAAUGCUCAGGAAAUCUGUGUUUACCUCAAAUUGUGCAAAGAUGACGUCAAAAAAACCGAUCCCUUGAAAUUAACCGGUAUUGACAAAUUCCAUAAGAAACCGGAGUUGAGAGGUGAUAGGAACAAUGUAAGGCAGCCCAUGCUCCCCAAGUACAUGUUGGAGAAGGAAGAUGGCGGUGAUAUUAUGACCAACGAGAUCCCAGACCAUACGGCAAAUGGCCGACCAGUGUCUGGGUCAAAACAAAAAUCUAUUUGCGUUGUUUGUGAAUUUGUGCUCAAGGAAAUCGAUGAUCAGAUCAAAGACAAGCAUAAUGACGAUGAAAUCAAGAAGAUAGUUCUAGGUGUAUGCAAGCACAUGCCAAAAUCUGUACGUUCGGAAUGCAAUCAGUUCGUUGAGAAGUACGCGGAUUUGGUCAUCAGUCUUUUGGCCCAAGAGUUGGAUGCCGAUGAAGUCUGUCGGGAGCUGAAGUUGUGUGACCCCACAUCUAUGGAGACUGCUAAAACUGAAAUACUAGACUGUGCAGUGUGCGAGACCGUUGUGAUGGCCGUGAAGAAAGUCCUUAAUAAUGACAAAGUCGAUCGCAACAUCGUUCAUAUCGUUGAGAAAUCGUGUAACAUGCUGCCCGCUAAAUAUUAUAGCAGGUGCCACACCAUGUUAGAGAUUUACGGUGACAGCAUAAUUCAUCUGAUCGAAGAUUUGGGUUCGAAGAGCAUCUGCCAGAAGAUCGGCCUGUGUAGCCCUUCAGAUGCUGCGUUUGUCAAAAUGUACAAGGGCAAGCAUUAA